GCGGAACCCAAAGCCAGGGUUCUUGGUUUUGGCAGCCUUCGCCUUCUUCCCCAGUAGUAAUCAAUGAAGGAACGGUCUUUUUCAGUCCUGAUGGUCUUCUGUUUGCUUCCAUUCUCAUAAUCACAGCAAUCAAAAUAGCAAUCAGGCGUCUUGGUAAAAAGGGAUAGAACCGAUAGCGAUUUGAAGCCACACGAGGGCAGCAAUCAGAAUGCUGAAAAUAUCCAUAUCAAGCAGAAAUCCCCAUGGGGUGUUUGCUGCAGUAAUCAGCUUGAUCGUCCUGCUACAACUUCAUCAUGUGACUGCCUCCGUUAUAGAUUGUUACUUUGUCUAUCAAGAAGUUAUUGGGGGAACCGAAAUACCUGGAGUUCCUACCGCUGUUCGAGAGAAAAACGUCCCUGACUGUCCUCCUGGGUUGUACGAAGAAGGAGUGUGGCCGCUGGAUGGAUGUGUGAUGAAUUGUCCCCUUAAUGCUCGCUCCGAUUGCCUUGCGUUUGGCUAUGUCACGGAAGAAAAAGCUGUUUUGCACAUGAGUUGUGCAGCGACGGUCAGUUCCACCAACCCUGAUGGAUCCAAUGUGCAAAAUUGCGAGGAAAAUAGCAGAUGGAUUGAGCUCACCGUGAAACAACCAUCAGGAGGCAAUAAUGAAACCGUGGUCGUCUCGGAUUACCAGUGCGAUACAUGUGGCUUCAUAGCCGAUUGUAUACCACCCUUUUUCGAGAAUUACACUGGAUCGCUGGCGGCGACAACUUCCGAAACAACGGCACCCGAGUCAUCUGCCAUUGGAAUGGCGUGGAGAACGCCAGUAACUUUGAUCAUGGCAUUUGUUACUUCUUGUGUCGCUUUAUCAUGAAUGGCUCCCGGCUAUAUGCAAGACGGGGUGUCGUUGUGUUUCAUCCUAUGUAAUCCAUUUGGAGGUGGUACUCCACUAGACAAACCUAUGUGUCCUUUACUUUUAUUUUGUUGCAUUGGAGAAACUUUGGCCAGCUCUGUUCCUCUGUGCUGAGUGUGACCAUCAUGGCAUCUGUGUGGAUAUGUGGCCAUUGUACGUGUGAGUGCGUGAUACUACAGUACGGUAGGUGUCUGAAGUCAACUACUAAGCUAGUAGUGAAUUGUUAGUUCUUUAAAGGUUAGCCAGAGUGAAAUUCUAGCUAGCACU